AUGUCGAUGAGAUUGCUUCAUCUUCUUCCCCAAAGCACUUGCUUUAAUCGAAAUCUCGAAUUUAGCCGUCUGUUGACCCGACCCGUAAACCGGAUUCAGUGCAUAAGGAGAGGCGAAGAAGACGAUGGCAUCAUGAGCAACGGGGGGAGGAGGAAGGCGAAGAGGAAGAAGAAGAAAAGUAUGAGCGAUUCGGAGCUGGCGAAGGAUUUGGCCAGAGAAAUCGGGAAAGCGAACACGGUGUCGGAACAGAGGAGAGAAGCGAUGAAGAAGAGCGGUGAGAUUCUAUGGGGAGAGUUCUGUCGGCAUAUGGAUCUGAAAGAGGAGGAGAUGAGGAAUAAAUGGAGGAAGAUUGGAGAAGAAGAGAAACUGGUUCUGGUUAGAGAGUUUGUGGAUGAGUGGGGCGUUGAUUUUCAACCUUUAUCUGUUAGAUCUGUAAAGGAAAUGGUGGAAGAAGAGUGUUUGGUUUCUUGUGACAAAACAGUGGAGUCUUUGUCUACUUCUUCGUUUUCUGGAUUAUUUCCUGGAUUGAAGAGAAUCAUAGGGUUUGAGUAG